GUGUUAUCAAGGCCACUGCUACCAGGGUAGGUGUGUAUCUAGAUAUUGAGGUAUCAUCAUGUCGGGCGCUGUGGGCCGUGAGGCGGUCUUCCCAACUCGCCAGUCGCUCGGGUUGAUGAAGAGCAAGCUGAAGGGAGCAGAGACUGGCCACAGUUUGUUGAAGAGGAAGAGCGAGGCUCUAACCAAGCGCUUUCGCGAAAUCACUCGACGCAUUGAUGAAGCGAAACAGAAGAUGGGACGAGUUAUGCAGAUAGCUGCAUUCUCGCUCGCAGAAGUCAGCUACGCCGUUGGAGGAGAUAUCGGGUACCAGAUCCAGGAGUCCGCCAAACAGGCCCGUUUCCGUGUUCGAACCAAGCAGGAGAACGUGUCUGGCGUUUUCUUACCGCAAUUCGAGAGCUACGCCGAAGAACGCAUCAAUGACUUUGGUCUGACAGGUCUUGGUAAGGGAGGUCAACAAGUACAACGCUGCCGGGAAACAUACGCAAGAGCAGUGGAGACCCUGAUCGAACUGGCCAGCUUACAGACUGCUUUCCUGAUUCUGGAUGAGGUGAUCAAGGUGGUCAAUCGCAGAGUCAAUGCCAUCGAGCACGUCAUUAUUCCCCGGACAGAAAACACCAUCAAAUACAUCAACUCCGAGCUUGACGAACUCGACAGAGAAGAGUUCUACCGACUCAAGAAGGUUUCGGGUAAGAAACAGCGCGAUAACGCCGCUGCUGAUGCGGAGAUCCUUGCCAAGAGACAGCGAGAAGCGGAGCAGCAGCAGCAGCAGCAGCAGCAGCAGAAGGAUGCCAGUGGUGCGCAAGACGACACGGCUGCCGCGGCUGCUACUCCAGCUGUCGAGGAAGAACCAGAGGUUGCGGACGUGCUUGGAGAACAGGAGGAUCAAGACGUAAUCUUCUAGUCGGACCUGUAUAUAUCAUUAUCCCCCAGUCUUGAUUCAG